CCUCAAUGAUCACAUUCGCAUUUACAAACGGAUAUUUACAAACGUUCUGUCAUACUUUCGCUGCCUGUGUUGGCUAGUUCACGAGUCCGUUUUGUUGUACAUUUUCCGCUGUCUUUAUAGCGUUUAUUUAUUUCAUCUUUCUAUGCACGGGAUUGUCACUUGAUCUCCCGGAUAAACUGCCUUUUGCACAGCCAGAACUGGACUUUGGGAAACAUUCGUAUAUGUCUAUUUCUUUCAUACAAUUAACGGAUUCUUGUUUUUUUUUUUAUCUAAACCUCCUGUGGCACAAGGAUGCGUUGAAAUAUAAUAGAUUUUAAUGCAAAGUGGAAUUUGCGCGACUCCGGGUUCCCGGUCGUGUGUUGAUUGCGAGGAAGAUCUCAUAUAGUGAGUUUGUGUGAUUUUGCUAAAAAUGCAUCACCAACAGCGAAUGGCUGCCAUAGGGACAGACAAAGAACUGAGCGACUUAUUGGAUUUCAGUGCGAUGCGAAACAGCGAUUUGAAAAUGUUCCCAACAUCAAUGAUGUUCUCUCCUCCUGUUAGUGGUAAAACCGGACCAGCAUCUCUGGGAAGUGGACAUUUUGCAGGCUCAAAUAUGGAGGACAGAGCCAGUGCAGGAUCUUGGGGAAGUAGAAGUGCCCCUUCAAAGAGUUAUGCUGACGGCUCCCAGUACGCUCACAUGACUAGCCGGGACAUGGGCUCACACCCGCACGACAACAUCUCUCCUCCGUACGUCAACUCCAGACUAACAGGUAAAACGGAGAGAGGAUCCUACUCCUAUGGAAGAGACUCCAACUUACAUGGGUGUCAUCAGCCGAGCCUCCUGGGAGGAGAAAUGGGCAGCCCCGGGGCGGUGUCGCCCACCAAGCCUGGAUCGCAGUAUUACCAGCACUACAACAACAACCCUCGCCGGAGACCACUGCACAGCGACAACAUGGAGGUUCAGACAAAGAAAGUACGGAAAGUUCCCCCCGGUUUGCCUUCCUCAGUAUAUGCCCCGUCUGCCAGCACGGCUGACUACAACAGGGACUCACCGGUGUACCCCUCCUCCAAACCCCCCAGUGGAGGGUUCCCCAGUUCCUUCUUUAUGUCAGACGGUGCUGACCCGUGGAGCUCCUCCAGUGGUAUGAACCAGCCAGGUUACAGUGGCAUGCUGGGUAACUCCUCCCACGGACCCCAGAGCAGCAGCUACUGUGGCACCCACCCUCACGACCGGCUGAGCUACCCGUCACACUCCUCGGCAGACAUCAACCCCAGUCUUCCUCCCAUGUCCAGUUUCCAUCGUAACAGUGCCUCCAAUCAGUACAGUACAGCUUCCUGCACUGCCACCACCAACGGCACAGACAGCGUGAUGGGUAAGACCUGGGGACAAGGACACAGGGCUGCAGAAGACAGGACAGAAGACAGGGCUGAUUACAGGACAGAAGACAGGACAGAUCACAGGGCUGAAUACAGUGCUAACCGGGCGCAGAGCGGGGCACCGACCAGCUCUCAGACAGGAGAUGCCCUGGGGAAGGCUCUUGCUUCGAUCUACUCUCCAGACCACACGAACAACAGUUUCUCGUCCAACCCGUCGACCCCCGUCGGCUCUCCCCCCUCACUCACAGCUGCUAGUUCUGCUAUGUGGUCCAGGAACGGAGGACAAGGUCCUGCCUCCCCCAACUACGAGGCUCCUCUACACUCUCUGCAGAGUCGUAUCGAGGACCGCCUGGAGCGCCUGGACGAUGCCAUCCACGUGCUGCGGAGUCAUGCGGUCGGCCCCUCCACGGGCAUGCCCGGGGGGCACCAAGACAUGCACAGCCUCAUCGGGGCAGCGCACAACGGGGCCAUGGGAGGACUGAGUUCUGGGUACGGCACGGGACUACUCUCUGCCAACCGCCACUCAAUCAUGGUGGGCUCUCACAGGGAAGAUGGUAGCGUGGGCAUGCUUGGUAGCCAUCCCAUCAGACCCAACCAAGUGCCAGUCCCCCAGCUGCCCCAGCAGUCUGCCACGUCACCAGAUCUCAACCAGACUGAUACGUACCGCGCUCUCUCCAGUGGUCUCCAGGGCCAGAGUGCCUCGUCCGUCUCGUCAGAGAUCAAGUCGGAGGAUGAGGGGGAUGAGAACCUACAGGAUGCCAGGUCUAUGGAGACCAAGAAGGAGGAGCCUGACAACAAGGACCUCAAGUCUAUUGAUAGCAACGCGGACGACGAGGACUUGUCUCCGGAGCAGAAGAUCGAACGCGAGAAGGAACGCAGGAUGGCCAACAACGCCCGGGAACGGCUGCGUGUCCGAGACAUCAACGAGGCUUUCAAGGAGCUGGGGCGCAUGGUGCAGCUGCACCUGAAGAGUGACAAGCCACAGACCAAACUGCUCAUACUGCAUCAGGCCGUGGCCGUCAUACUGAGUCUGGAGCAGCAAGUCAGAGAGAGAAACCUGAACCCUAAGGCAGCGUGUCUGAAGAGACGUGAAGAGGAGAAAGGCUCGUCGGACGGCGGAGCGACCCUCUCCCUGGCCGGGCCGCACCACGGCAUGGGGGACGCCUCCAACCCAAUGGGACAAAUGUCCAAGCUCCCAGAGUUCAUCAAGAUGAUGAGCGACCACUUCCUUUGACAACAUUCUCCUAUUUCCUGAACCAAUCAAAUCAACCGAUCACGUCAAUCAACGAUCUAUCUGACCAACCUGAUCUGACCAAUGUUUUUUUUUUUCCAGGACCACCUGUCUUUUGUCUUCUGUAGAAAUGAACGAACUGCAAAUGUAUAUUGGCUAUGAAAACAUAACAGAUACUACAAGAUAUGUUUUCUUAUUAUAUUGUUUCGUAUUUUCAGCAUUCCCCCCCCCCCACACAAAAAAAAAUAAAUCACAAAAAAAAUGAUAUUAUAUAUGUUAAAGAAAAGAAAAAAAUCACAAAAAAAUAAAUAAAAGUUGAUGCAACUACGUGAUGAUGGGGGGGGGGCUAUUUCUAACACAUGAACAGUGUUGCAGCACUCAGCUGCUGUCUCAACUGAAUGGCAAUCUUCUCCACACUGUGGAAACUAUUGCAGUCGUGCCUGAACUCCUCCUUGAUGUUUAAAGUUAAAUAGAUAUAUAUGAAAAA